CCGUCGGCUCGCGCCCCGCCUCCGUUCCUGCUGCCCCCUCCCCUGUCGCGCGCGGGGGGUGUUUCUCGCUCCUCCGGAGUUGCCGCCGCCGCCGUCGCCGCGGCUCCUCCUCUCCCAGUCUUGGGUUUCCCUGGCGCUGCCGCCGCCGCUGCCUCUGCGGUCUGUAUGAGGAGGAGAAGGAUGUGAAGAUGGCGGAGCUGCAGAUGCUGCUGGAGGAGGAAAUCCCUGGGGGCCGCCGGGCCCUUUUCGACAGUUACACGAAUCUGGAACGGGUGGCCGAUUACUGCGAGAACAACUACAUCCAGUCAGCAGAUAAACAGCGAGCCCUGGAAGAAACCAAAGCCUAUACUACCCAGUCCUUAGCAAGUGUUGCCUAUCUGAUAAAUACCUUGGCCAACAAUGUCCUGCAGAUGCUGGAUAUCCAGGCAUCCCAACUGCGAAGGAUGGAGUCUUCAAUCAAUCAUAUUUCACAAACUGUUGAUAUUCAUAAAGAGAAAGUUGCAAGAAGAGAAAUUGGUAUUUUGACUACCAAUAAAAACACUUCAAGGACACAUAAGAUUAUUGCUCCUGCCAACCUUGAACGACCAGUUCGUUAUAUUAGAAAACCUAUUGACUAUACAAUUCUAGAUGAUAUUGGCCAUGGAGUAAAGUGGUUGCUUAGAUUUAAGGUGAGUACCCAGAAUAUGAAGAUGGGUGGGCUACCGCGUACAACACCUCCAACUCAGAAACCCCCCAGUCCCCCCAUGUCAGGGAAAGGGACGCUUGGGCGGCACUCCCCCUAUCGCACACUGGAGCCAGUGCGUCCUCCAGUGGUACCAAAUGAUUACGUACCUAGCCCAACCCGUAAUAUGGCUCCCUCGCAGCAGAGCCCUGUGAGGACAGCUUCUGUGAAUCAAAGAAAUCGAACUUACAGCAGUAGCGGGAGUAGUGGAGGAAGCCACCCCAGCAGCCGGAGCAGCAGCCGGGAGAACAGCGGAAGCGGGAGUGUGGGAGUUCCCAUCGCUGUUCCUACGCCCUCUCCUCCCAGUGUCUUUCCAGCCCCUGCUGGCUCUGCUGGUACUCCUCCCCUUCCUGCUACUUCUGCAUCUGCCCCUGCCCCCCUUGUUCCUGCUACUGUCCCUUCCUCCACUGCCCCAGACGCUGCCGCUGGGGGUGCCCAGACCCUGGCUGAUGGCUUCACUUCUCCAACUCCCCCUGUUGUUUCCUCCACUCCCCCUGCAGGUCAUCCUGUCCAGUUCUACAGCAUGAAUAGACCUGCCACUCGCCACACCCCCCCAACAAUAGGGGGCUCCUUGCCCUACAGACGCCCUCCUUCCAUAGCUUCACAAACAAGCCUUCAGAGUCAGAUGAAUGGAGGACCUUUUUAUAGCCAGAACCCAGUAUCUCUUGCUCCUCCUCCUCCCUCCAUCCUACAGGUAACUCCUCAGUUACCUUUAAUGGGAUUUGUGGCCAGAGUCCAAGAAAAUAUUUCAGAUGCACCACCUCCACCACCACCUGUGGAAGAACCAGUCUUUGAUGAAUCCCCACCACCACCGCCUCCCCCAGAAGAUUAUGAAGAGGAGGAAGCAGCCGUGGUUGAGUAUAGUGAUCCUUAUGCUGAAGAGGACCCACCGUGGGCUCCAAGGUCUUACUUGGAAAAGGUUGUGGCAAUUUAUGAUUAUACAAAAGACAAGGAAGAUGAGCUGUCCUUUCAGGAAGGAGCCAUUAUUUAUGUCAUCAAGAAGAAUGACGACGGUUGGUAUGAGGGAGUUAUGAAUGGAGUGACCGGGCUCUUUCCUGGCAAUUACGUGGAGUCUAUCAUGCAUUAUUCUGAAUAAAGCUCAGCAGGGCCGUGUGUCCCUCACAGGAAUAGCCAGGUCUUCCCAAUAUCAAAAGGCCCUGGGGAUUCCUCUCCAGUGAAAUGAAUGAAGGAUACAAAGGACAAAACCUACUUUUUUUUUUUUUUUUUUGGUUUAUCCCUCAGUAUUAAAUAAGCUAGCUGAGUUUGAACAAAUGGAUCUUUCUGCCAUCACUUUACUAUGCCUGAGCUGUUUGGAUUGAAAUAAAGUGACCGUUUCUGACUAUAUCAGAGGUAUAACAGCAUAACUAUGUAAAAUAAAUCAGGUUAAGACUGAUUUCAGGAAAAAAAAAUCUGGGAUUUUUCUCAGGAAUACUGUACACUCUUGGGAUUUCUCCUCCUGCAGAGUCUGUGGCAUUGGCUGUUCUUCAGCGUCCGUGCGCAAGGUUAGCCUCGUGGCCUAGUGUGUACCCCAGCCCCACACUUUCUCCCACUUGUCUGAGGAGGAGGGAACCAGUAUUUAAAUACCAUACAUAAGCAUUUUUAUAGUUGUUUCAGACGGCUUAUUUCCUCUUCAACACUGUAAACCCUGUAUUCUCUUGCACUCGAGUGCACCAGGUGAGUUAAUGCUGAGUUGACUUGCGUCCCUUCAUGUUUCUCAGUCUGUAGAUUGAGGAGGAUGAGAUGAGUCUCCAGACAUUCUGAGGCUGGGUAACGCCUGCCGGUUUGAUUCUGAUGUGCUGCUGCUGCAUGAGACUGCACUGCCACCCUUGGCCGGUGUCGCCACGUGCGUGGCAUGGCUUCACGGGCUGCGGCGGCUGUGUGAAGGCAUACAUGCAGCUGCCUGGGGUCUGAGGAGGCGGAGCUGCAGCAGCGCUCUGCUCGGGCGUCCUGAACACUUGCCUUAGGUGCUCUUUUGAGGAGGAGGAUUUUAGAGGUCAGACCAACUAUUUCUUUACUUCUUUCUCUAUUUAGAAAAACAUUCUUUUUGGGGAAAAUAGCUAUUUUCAAAUCUCUUGAGUCACUGGGAAUAAAAGGCUUGCUACUGUGCUCUCUGAAUGUUAUUAAUGGCAAAUACCAGCCACUGCCGAGUUGUUUACUCACAACUUAGAAGAUAAAUACUCCUCUGAUUUUGUAUGAUUGGCCUUUUAAGUAGAUGCUCUUGGUAAAAAUUUGAACCUUAUUUCUGACUAAGUAUAGUGGGAUAAGAGGCAUAAUGCCAAAUACUUAUCCAAGUUUGUUUUUUUUUCCCCAUCUGCACAAUUAUAGCUUCAAAUCCAGUGGAGUUUGGAAGGCAGAUGGUUUUAGUCAUCUCUUCUGUAAUCAGUAUAAGAGAUACUGAAAAAAGUCCAGGAGGCCUUGCUGCUCAGCAGGUGAAUACUGUGACGAGCCAGCUCACAGGCCAGAGCCGCCAUGGGUUCUUCCCAGUCCCAGUGACAUGGCCAGGAGAUGACACCUUUGCCAGGUGACUUCCCAGUGGGCGAAAGCUGAGAAGCAGUAGCUGCACGUACCUCAGACAUGGGCCUGGCCCAGGACAGGUGGUGCAGAUGGAGGAAACGAACAGGUGUAGUAGGUGUGAGGGAGUUCCCAUGACGUAGGCAGACGUUAGUAUUUCACUUGGGAGUCUGUGAUCCCAGCACACCAUUUAACUGAGACUCAAGAUAUAGCGUUUCCUUAUCAAGACUUUUAAAGUUGCAGGUUUCCCCCCUCACCUCCCCCCACACACUGCAAGUUAGCUAGUUUGCUUUAGAUUUCUCCAACACUUUGAAUUUAGUUCUCAUUAUCUUGCCUCCAGGACACAUGGCACUUCACACUUUGUUAGAUUAUCUUGACACUCUGUUCCCUGUCUUCCUUCAAAGUAAUGGUCCUGAGUGUCCUCUGAGCCUUCAGCUUCAUUAUGGACCCAACCAAGACCACACAUGGAGAGGGUAAACUCUUCUUAGUGUUGGGGUAGAACUAGGAAAACUGUUUUGAAACUAGAUGUUCAAAGUUAUUUAAAUAGCUUUUGGCUGAGAAAGCUUAGUUGCUUACUAAGGUAGAGGGUAUUUUGAAAUCCAACAAAUAGUUCCCACAGCUCACACCGACAGAAGCCCAGAAGACAACUGUGCAAAAAGAUUUGGUGGUCAGCUUGCCUGUUGGACCCUUGCUGGACUGGGGAGCAGAGAAGACAUUAGUGAAGUCCUUCCUACCGAAGACCUGCAGCGGGGGCAUCCAUAGGUCAGCUGAUUCUUCCUACAUGUUUUAAUACUAACGUGUGUGAUUUGCUUUAAAAGCAACAACCUGUUGGAUUUUCUGCAUAUUUAAAAUUUUUGUACAGUUUUGAAUUCUGUAUAUUGUUUUGGAAGGAUGCUAUGUAAUGAUGGGCCAGGCCUAAAGUCAUUGGAGACUUUUAAUGUAUGUAAUAUUUCAUAGAUUGCAUGCUAUUAAUAGUCUGUGAGGGUAAUAUUUGCUUUAUCGUAAGUUUCCCCCAUUUAUCUUUUUAUAAACUAUAAGAUGGUUGGUAGUAGGAGUUCUAAAUGAAUGCAGAAAUCUUACAUCCUAUGUAAUUUUGUGGCAAAGAUGAUCUGGGUCUAAAUCUGCUGACCAGAAAGCAACCACUUUACCAGGAUAGAGGGAAUCUAGUGGGAGAGAUUUUUUCCCCUCUCCUGGAGUGUUUCCUUUUUGACUUGUUCCUUUAUUUUUUUAAAGGAAAAGGGGAGUAGACUCAACCCUUAAGUCACCCCAUUCCCCUCUGCCCCCUUUAAGUAUUACUAUUUGAAAGGCCAUAGAGCGGUGGAUGAAAAUACAACUUCUUGUAGUUGACCUUUUGGCCAAGGCAAUAACUUAAAAACCAAAAGUGUCCAUGUGUCAAAAUCUAGACUUGAGAGAUUCAGCCUGUGUUUGGAAUACAUGUGAAUCUUUUAAGAUGUCUUGUUCAGUAUUUGCCAUCAUUUGGCUACUUUGUCUUCUUCAGAGGCACCUGCUAGUUGUACCUUAGGGUUGGCAAUGGCCCCACUCCUUUUGCUGUGUUCCUAAAAGUCACUGGGUGAGACAUUUUCAUCCCUCCCUUCCUUUCCCCGCCUGCUGCUACUGAUCACCCAGCCAGACUGCGCGGCGCGUCUUCACGGUGAUCCCUGCAGCGCAGCCGUGCUCCUCAGCGGUCUCAUGUCGAUCAGAGGUGACUACUGAAGCCCUUCCUGUCUGAGGCAUCAAAAUGAUAGUAGUUUGCUUUUAUCUUUCUGUGUCCAUUUUCUUUUAGCAGGUGACCUUUCACCAUUAAGAACGGUUGUUUUUUUUUAACCGCCUUUUCUCCAUGCGUGGCAUGUCUUGAAGGCCAUCUCUCUUUGAAAAGGGUUUGAUGGAGCAAUUACCAGGUGGCUGCCAAGUCUUGGAAAAGAAAAAGAAUGGGGCUCUCUAUGACUUACCAUCUGUUCACUUCUGAACUUUGGCCAGAAACUCCUGAUUGGUGUUAAGGUGAUUUCUCUCACACUAUUUACUUAGAAUCAGAAAUUUUAGAGCUAGAUGAGAUUUCAGAAAUUUUAGUUCAAUCUCAUUUUACUGAUGAGGUUAGAUGUGUCUUUUCAGUUACAGCUAGUUAACAGCAGAAUUCCUGACCCAAUGCCUGGUCAUUCUACAACUGUCUUUUUUAAUUGUGCUGUAUGUUUUGAUAAAUACUAUUCAAGGUGUUGUUUGAAGGAGUGUAUUAAGUGCAUCCUUUGCUAGUGAAAGUAAUCUUCAUUUUAACCCUUCUUGGAAAAAAAAAAAAGCCUACACUCAGUACAAAUGGUUUUUUCCAUAAGGUGUACGUAGCUAAAAUACAACAGUAUUUCAGCACUGGAAGGAGCGCAGCACAGCCUUAUUUGAGAGAGCCUUACAAACAGUUCUUCAGUGGAGGCAUUACGCUCAUUACCUUAAGUUUAUUUUAUGCUGACCUUUGUUCGUAUUUCUUGAGAAUUUCACAAUUCUUUCAAAAAAAAAAAAUUGAUAGGGCCGAGCUGUGUAUAAAUGAUCCUUGCUAAACCUUGAGGGGUUUUUUGUAAAAAAAAAAAAAAAAAAAAAAAAAAAAGACAAAAAGCUUAUUUUCACAUUAAAAUGUAAAUGUCUUUUGCACCUUCAGAAGUCUAUGGAAAAGUAGUUUUUAUCAUAUUUUGUGUCCAUGCAUCUUUUUCUUAACAAAAUGGUUUACAAAACAGAAUGUAAACAAUUUGCGAUCUGGCCAGUUGUACUUCUGCUCCCAGAGGGAGGGUUGGUGUUAUGAGUGAAAACUGGAGGGAGCAGUCUGUUGCCAGUGAUGUUUCUUGUGUGUGCCAUUAAACCACCUCCAGAUGCGGGGGGAACAUUCACUUUUUAAUUUUGAAAUUGUACUUGGAAUUAAUUGUUGCUGUGUACUAAGAACUUGGCCUAAAUAAAAUCCUACAAAAUAA